ACCCUGCGCUCGAUUGUAUGGAAAGGGAACUUCAAAUCGAAGAGCGCCACUUGUCAAUCAGGAGCGCCUCUUGGAAUCACUGGGUUCACCAUCGGUAGGAGUACUGGAUUCGAUAACCUGAAGAUCUUUAAUUCCCUCCACUAAAAGCACUCUCUGUAAGUUGUAACCGGCUCUUUGUUUCCCGAAUCGAUAGCCGAAAAGACCCCGUUGAUUGAUCUCGAUUCGAUUGUCGUCGGGAAGGAUCCUGCUAAGGUUAGGGUUUGGAGGUUAGACACCAGAAGAGAGGAAAUGGGAAGGGGAAAAGUGCAGAUGAAACGAAUCGAGGACAAGACGAGCCGGCAAGUGACGUUCUCGAAGCGGAAGGGUGGGCUGAUGAAGAAGGCUCGCGAACUCGCCGUGCUCUGCGACGUGGAGGUCGCGCUGAUGAUAUUCUCCGACCGAGGGAGGCUCUACGAGUUCUCUAGUGCUGAGAGUAUUGGAAAAAUCCUGGAGCGGUAUAGGAUACAUGUAGAAGAAGAAAUUGCUGUCCGCCAGAGUGCUGAGAAAGGAAAGAGGUAUGAUGCUGGCUUCCCAGCUCAACUGAUGGACACUGGCCCGCAACAAAUGAUACAAAGGUACCUUGAAGAGCAAAACAUCGAAGAGAAGAACAUGAUAGAACUUACACAGCUCGAGAAAGAACUGGAUAUGAUAUUGAGGCAAACAAGAUUCAAAAAGACACAGCUAAUGAUGGAAGGCUUAAAAGCGCUCCAGGAAGAGCAACAGAAUCUGAGAAGAGAGAAGACUCAAGUGGAGGAGGAGAUGGCAGCAAUGAGGAGUGAUCAGAACGCCAACGAUCACCACCAAAGCCAUGCUCUGGAACAGGAGUCCAACCCCCAUGCCAAUGACUACACCCCUCAACUCCAGGAGGCCAUGCUCCAUCUGUUUUAACCUAACAAAACAACACCCUGCCCUGCUGCUGGUGGACGCAAAGCAUAAAAAGAAAAGUGUCGCUGCUUUGUACAACUAAAAUGUUUUCUUGGGACUGUCCAGUCCUGCCUAGUUCUAUGUAUCUGCAUAGCCUCGUCGAUCGAUGCACCUUAACAACUCGUACUCCCGGAUUAUUAUAUACAAUAUCAGAAGUGCUUUUUAUUGUAUAAUUAUUAUAGAGAACUGCGUGUUCACUUUGGCGGACCCUUAGAUGUGUAUGUCUCCACUCUCCUGAAAAGUGUUGGCAUAUCCACCGAUCUGCUCCUAUCUUUGGGUUCUUAUUGGACCGCUGUCCUUCUCUUAGCAUGUAAUAUCAUAUGUAACAGUCCAUGUAGAAUAAUAUUAAUACAAUUUGUAAUAUUAAUACAAUUUGUAAUAUUAUAUAACUUAACUAU